CAGCGAGACAAAGGAAUAAGACCUCCAUAGGAGGUGGCACCACAACGUCGCCGACAUUCUAUAGUAGAACCUACAUUGGGCAUCGUCAUGGAGAUGGUGAGAAGAUCACCCAUGCUCCCUAUGAAGAAAAAAAAGAAAAUUCUGGAUUUUUCUCCCGCAUUUUGCAAUUAUGAAGUAAAAUAUAAAGGAAUAGUCUUGUACCUUCUGGAGAGGAGAAUGGGGACAAGCCGGAGGAGAUUCUUGAUGGAACUCGCAUGCAAAAGAGGAUUUCAAGUGGAAAGUGAGCUCCGAGAUUCUGUCACGCAUGUUGUGGCUGAGAACAAUUCUGGUCCCGAAGUUUUGGAAUGGCUGGAAUCCAAGAAGCUCAGCAACAAAAUCCAAUUCCAGAUCCUGGAUAUCUCUUGGUUUACAGAAUGCAUGGGGGCCGGGGGCCCUGUUGAAAUACAAAGCAGACACCUGCUAAGGGUACAGAAAGAUUGCUCUGCCAAUUUCAAUCCUCAACUGCCUUCAUCAUGUGUUCGCGUCUCACAAUACGCGUGCCAGAGACAUACAACCUUACAAGACAUCAACAGAGUAUUCACGGAUGCGCUCGAAAUUCUGGCCGAAAAUUUUGAAUUCUGUGAAAAUAAAGAACAGUGCGCAAAGUUUCUAAGAGCGUCGUCUAUUUUGAAAUAUCUUCCUUUCCCGGUGGUAACAAUGAACGAUUUGGAAGGGCUGCCUCUGUUAGAGAAAGAGGUGAAAAGUAUUAUUGAGGAAAUUCUUGAAGAUGGGAAGUGCUCCACGGUCCAAGAGGUGACCAACGGGGAGCGUUAUAAAGCAUUUAAGUUAUUUACUUCUGUGUUUGGAGUUGGUCUGAAAACGGCAGAGAAAUGGUACAGAAUGGGAUUUCGAACCCUAGAAGAAAUAAAAAACAACCAAGAUAUAAAGUUAACAAAAAUGCAGAAAUUUGGAUUUCUUUAUUAUGACGAUAUUGUUAGCUUGGUAUCGAAGACAGAGGCCUACGCCGUCGACAAGCUUGUAAAGGACAUUGUAUGGAAACUGGUUCCCGAUGCUGUUGUGACUUUAACCGGUGGCUUCAGAAGAGGCAAAGAAAUUGGACAUGAUGUGGACAUUUUAAUCACCUGUCCCAGGAAAGGAAAAGAGAAGACUAUUCUGAACAGCAUGCUUACUAUCCUGAAAAAUCAGGGACUGCUUCUUUACUCUGACACAAUCGAAUCAACGUUUAAUGAGGCAAAGCUUCCGAGUAGGAAAGUGGAUGCCCUUGAUCAUUUUCAGAAGAGCUUUACGAUUCUCAAACUUCCGAAAAUAAGCAUGGGCACCGGUAAUCGUGAAGACACGGAAAGCAAAAGCUGGAAGGCAAUUCGAGUGGACUUUGUGAUAACACCGUCUGAGCAAUAUGCAUUUGCCCUCCUUGGAUGGACAGGCUCCAGGCAGUUUGAGCGGGAUUUGCGGAGGUAUGCCACCCACGAGAAGAAGAUGAUGUUGGACAAUCAUGGGCUUUAUGACAAAACCAAGAAUGUUUUCCUCAAAGCGAACACAGAAGAAGACAUUUUUGGCCACCUUGGACUUGAUUACCUGGAGCCUUGGGAAAGGAACGCGUAGACAGAUACUGUUGAAUUUUGUGAUAGGUAUAUAUUUAACUUUCUUAGUAGAUAUCUCAUCAACAUAAGCAGAUAGUAGAUACAUUUAAUAGCCUGGCAUCAGCACACAUUCAUGUUAAAUGCAAUAUUUAGAUGUUUUAGCCUAGUUUUACCCAUUUAAAAGCCUAGCAAUAGCACGCAUUCAUAUACCAAGGCAGAUGAACCGAUAUAUUCACAUGACAUCAGCAUUACUGCAUAGUGUAUACACUUAGAUGCAUUUAAAAGUUUGGCAAUACCACACAUUUAGAAUCAAUAGCUUUAUUACCAUAACUCUUUCUAUUCUUGCAACAUUUUAAUUCAGAGUUAGAAAAACAGCAUUAUGAGCAAAUGCAAUCGCAAGUUUGGGUUAUUGAAGAAUACGCGUGAUGAGAAUGUCAAAGAAACCUGUUACUUCACUGUUGCAAUAAAUAAAGGCAUUUUUAAGUAA